GUCCGGUUUUACACGUGCGUGGUUCGAGAUGGUACGGGAUGGUGGACUGUAUUGGUCUGUGUGCUCGCGCCGAUUUAAACGUGCAACUACGUGAAAUUGACAUGCCUUUUGAGCAGUUUACUAAGCCAAUUGACACGGG